UAAUAAUAAUAUAACAUGCUGUUGAUACUUGAGAUAAAAUGAUUGCGGCUUCUAAACUAACUGUUUUAUAGACUUCUCCAUCUGAUUGGUCAAUAUAACUAUGAAUCUAUGACGACCCAUUUCUGCUUCUUUAACACGUCACUUUAGCGUCAGAACCACAGAAGAAGAAGCCGCAGCAGCCGGAAGUGUGUACGGAGCCGAUUAGCCUGAUUAGCUCGCAGGCUAACGCUGUGUGACAUGAGCUUUCUAGGAUAUGAGGUUUCUAAGCUGAACACUGUGUGACCUGCGUUGCCGGGGGCGAUGGCUCUGAUUGAAGGAGUAGGGGACGAGGUGACACUGCUGUUUGGCGCGCUGCUGGCCCUCCUGGUGCUGCUGCUCGCCUGGAUCUCGACCCGCACCUCGGAGCCCCCAGAACACCUUUUCACCUCCACCAUAGGCCCCGCCCCUUCACUGGGGACCAGCGCCGUCCAUGAAGACACCCCCCCUUCCUCUUCCUCCUCACCCUCCAGUUCUGUGACAGAAGCUCUGCCCACAAACCCCUCCAUCCAGGGGGAGAAGGGGGCAGGGACGCAUGAGAGCGGGGAGGCGGGAGGAGGAGAUGUUGUUGGGAACAGAGAGGCUGGAGGAGGAGGAGUAGAAGAAGAUGAUGAAGACUCUUCGUCGUCCCAGAGGAACAUGGUGGUCAGACUGAAGUUUCUGAAUGACACAGAGAGAACGGCUCAGGUCAAACCACAGGACACCAUCGGCUACAUCAAACGGACCUACUUUGCCGGUCAGGAGCAGCAGGUCCGGUUGAUCUACCAGGGUCAAUUGCUGCAGGACGACGCUCAGACCCUGUCUUCUCUGAACCUGGUUCACAACUGUGUCCUCCACUGUCACAUCUCGCCGCACGCCAGCCGGGGGGCGGCGGGGGGGCCGCGGCCCGUGGACCAGGUGCAGGUGGCUCUGAACGUGGGCAGCCUGAUGGUGCCGCUGCUGGUCCUCAUGCUGUCGGUGCUGUGGUACUGUCAGAUCCAGUACAGGCAGUUCUUCACCGCCCCGGCCACCGCCUCGCUGGUCGGAGUCACCAUCUUCCUCAGCCUGGUGGCCUUCGGAGUCUACCGCCGCUAGCUGCUUUCUGAUUGGCCGCUGGCCUCAGAGCCAGCAGAGACUUAAAACAGACGUUGCUAGUUGAUCCUUUUUUUCCGUUGCCAUGGAGAUGCCGAGUGCUAUGAGGACUUUGAUUUGAGUUGCUGUGUUUUUUAGAUCACGUUUCUCUGUAGGUUUCUCAUCAUCGUGCCUCUCUUACUUCCUGGUUUGUCUGGUCCUGAAGGUUUUGGACCGACACCAGACUGUAGACUGGACCCGUCUGUCUGCUGGACAAACGUCUUUUGUGUCAAUUACAGGUUUUGAAGAGAAAAAUUCUAUUAAAUCAUUUAUUUAUC